AUGGCUUACCCCCAAAGCAAUGGACAAGCGGAGGUCGCCAACCGAGAGCUUCUCAGAAUACUGUGCGCCCGGCUCGAUCACAUGGCAGGUAGUUGGGUGGAUGAGCUGCCCAGUGUAUUAUGGGUGCUGCGUACGACACCCAAAGAGGGAACUGGUGUCACUCCGUUCCAUCUGGUAUAUGGCGGGGAAGCGGUCGUCCCGGUAGAAAUCGGAGUCGAGUCCGAUCGGGUGCUACAUUACGACGAAGGAAAUGAUGAGCAGAGGCUGAUGGAGCUCGACAUGGUCGAUAAAGUUCGUGAUAAGACAGCCGCCCGACUGACAGCGUAUAGGCAAAGGAUGCGGCAAAACUACAAUCGAUGGGAAGAAAACAACUCAGAGUUUCCUCAUGUCCCCGUCUAA